AUGUACGUUUCCAAGCUCAUUCUUGGGGUCUUUCAUCAACCCUUCCUUUUAGCUGAACUUAAACGGCUUGGGGAAGUCGCGGCCGAGCACACUUACGUGAAAAGCAAGUCAGAAUGCCUUCCAAGCACACGGGACAACAUACGGGAAUCGAUUCUCGGACAUCUGAAAGAUGCCAAGAACCGAUUUGUCUGGCUACGCGGAUCCCCCGGUACCGGGAAGACGGCGAUAAGUAUGAGCAUUGCAUCUAUGCUUGAGGGGGAAAGCGCUCUCGCAGCCUCAUUCUUCUGGGACAAAAACCAAAAGGGAACAGGCCUCGAUUCUUUGGAGUUGUUCCCUUGUACCCUUGCACGCCAACUUGCGCUCUUCAGUGCAGACUUCAAAGUGUCACUCGUCAAAUGCCUUCGGCGGCCAGACAUGAGAUUGUUUCUGAAGCUUUCUCUGGAGAAGCAGAUGCGGACCCUGGUCAUUGAACCGAUGAAUGGUCUU